CGAGGGAGGAGAGCAGGCAUCAGCCACCGUGUCACACGGCCUCCUUCACUCGUUCGCUCGCACGCACGCACACGUGCCCCUUCUGGACCCCUGAGCUCGCCCAAGCACAGGAUGACGUGGGCCUUUCUCCUGGGGGGCACCCUGAGCCUGGCCCUGCUGGGCCUGGCUUCAGGGAACCCCACGGAACCCGGGGCCCCGCCGAUGGGUCACCGCCGUCGCUUCAACCCCUUCUUCUUCCUGUGCGCCCACCACGGUGAUCUGCAGGGCGGCAGCAUAACGCACAGCGAGGACGAAGUGCUACUCACACUGCAGAUUGCGGGGAACCCGAGCAGCUACACGCCUGGACAGGAGUACCAGAUGACUAUCUCCACCAACACUGCCUUCGAUGGCUUUCUGGUCACUGGACUCUACACCUCCACCACCGUCCAAUCAGCACCCAUUCCGGCUGCGGGUAGCUUCGGAUUCGCCCCAGGGGUGCUGCCAGAGGGCCAGUUCGGCUCCCAGUUUGGCUCCCAGUUCGUGUGCAGCGUCCUGGUCUCUCAUGUUGGUCAUCAACCUUCUACCAGCCUCAGCUUUGUGUGGAUCGCCCCCCCACCCGGCACCGGCUGCAUCAACUUCCUGGCGACGGCCACGCACCGUGGGCAGAUCAUCUUCAAGGACGUCCUGGCCCAGCAGCUGUGCGAGCAGGGAGCUCCCACUGAGUCACCACAGAGACCCGCUCUUGCUGAGAUCCACGGGAACCACGUCAUCCUCCGGGAUGACUUUGACUCCAACCAGCAGGGGGAGCUAGACCCCAGCAUCUGGUCAGGGUGCAGCGGGUGUGAGGUGGGGGAGCGGUGCGGGGUCCUCAUGCAUGGCCGGGCUGUGACCUUUUGUGACCCCCUGGGCCAGAGAGAGCUGAUCACCAGACCACUCAACACCAGUGCAGCGUCAAUUCUCCAGUUUGCCCUCAGCUCCGGGCUGUGCCGGUUCAGUUACUCGGACCCUGACAUCGUCAUCUCCUUCAGCCUGAACGGCUCAGAUGACUGGAUUACCUUGGAGAGGAUCCGGGCCCCCUCCAACAGCAGCACCAUGGUGCAUCUUCUCCCCUUGCCUGCACAGUCCCGCAGGGAGGGGGUGCGUCUCCGCUGGGUCCAGGAGCCUGCGAUUAGGUCAGGCACCUACGAGUCCUGCUGGGGGCUGGACAAUGUGCUCCUAGUCAAUGUGGCUCACCGCCCCCCCCUUCUGGAGGACAACCUGGACCCCCCUGACACCUCCAACUGGCUCUUCUUCCCAGGGGCCACCAUUAAGCAUGCCUGUCAGUCUGAGGGCAGCACCUUGUAUUUCCAUGGCGGUGAGGUAGCGGGGCAUAGCUUUGCCUCGUCCCGAGAUGUGGACCUGCACCGCGAGGAGGGUCGCACCUACUGGGAGGAAGAGUUUGAGGGUCCACCAGCCGGGUGGGAAAUAGAGGGGGCGGUGUUCGGGAUGCAGUGUGGCGAGGUGGAGUCGGGCCUGUCUCUGGUCUUCCUGGGGGAGGGCCGGAGAAGAGCCUGCACGCCCUACCUAGACGCGACCUCCUACGGGAACCUGCGGCUCCAUUUCACCAUGGGCGGGGGCCAGUGCGACCCUGGAGAGUCCCAUGACCAUGAUGUCAUCCUUUUUGGCCAGCUGGAGGGGCAGAGAGAGCCCGUGAUGCUGGACACAUUGCCGUACUCGUCCUACAGGGUGCCCUCACUGGUAUCAGUGGCCCUGCCCACUGAGCUCCAGGUCCCGACCACACGGUUCUGCCUAGAGCAGCGGGAACACGGCGGACCCCGGCGCCAUGUCUGGGCUGUGGACUUUCUGCAGCUAUUGCCGGUGCUGCCCGGUGCUCGGACCCAUGUGGCUCAGUUCUCCAUCAACCUGGGCUGCGGUUCCUACCAGCCAGCGAACAGUGUCAGCCUGGAGUUCUCCACCAAUCAGGGCCGCUCCUGGUCCCUGCUACACACUGAGUGCCUUCCUGAGCUGUGUGUGGGUCUGCACCUGCCCCACAGCACCAUCUACUCCUCCGAAAACUACAGUGGGUGGACCCGGAUAUCCCUCCCCCUGCCCAACGCUGCCCUAACUGACAGUACCCGCUUCCGCUGGAAGCAGACUGGUCCAGGGAAUGGGAAUAUGUGGGCCAUAGACAACGUCUACAUUGGGCCAUCCUGCCUCCGCUUCUGCUCUGGAAGGGGACACUGCUCCCGCACAGGGUGCAGGUGUGACCCCGGCUUCAGUGGCCCGGCCUGUGAGCUGGCCUCCCAGAGCUUCCCGGCCUUCCUGUCGGAGGGCUUCUCCAGCACCCGUCUCUCCUCCUACCACACCUUCUCCUCGCUCCGUGGCGCCGAGGUCAGCUUUGGUUGUGGCGUGCUCGCCGCCGGCAAGGCGCUGGUCUUCAACCGGGACAGCCGGCGGCACCUGGUCACCUCGCCACUGGACAGCACCCAGGCCAGGUACCUGCAGUUCACCCUGCGGUUGGGGAGCCGCAGCACCCUGAGCUCCUGCCCUGCCCCCGAUCAGCCAGGAGAGGGCGUCCUGCUCCACUACUCUUCAGACAACGGCAUCACCUGGGUUCUGCUGGAGCACUAUGCCUACCAAGGCUUCCAUGAGCCCAGGAUCAUCUCCGUGGAGCUGCCUGUGGGUGCCCGCCGCUUCGGGGUACAGUUCCGCUGGUGGCAGCCGUACCACUCAGGCCGUGGGCAGGACGUGUGGGCACUGGAUGAGAUCUCCAUGACGUCUGUCCUCUUCAACACCAUCAGCCUAGACUUCAGCAACGUGCUGGACGUCACCCAGAGCCUGGGAUUCUACUUGGGCCAUGUGCAGCCUUACUGUGGCCACGACUGGACACUCAGCUUCACAGGCGACCCCGGUCCCGGUUCCAGCCUCCGCUACGUGGAGACCCAGUCCAUGCAGAUCGGCGCCUCCUACAGCCUGCAGUUCUCCCUGGCGAUGGGCUGCGGCGCAGAGCCGUCCCCACACAUGGACACGAGGGUGCACCUGGAGUACUCCACCAACCACGGGCUCACCUGGCACCUGGUGAAGGAGGCCUGCCUUCCAGGAAUGCCCAGCUGCCCGGAGUUCACUGCUCCCAGCAUCUACCAUCCAUCUGAGUUCCCCAGCUGGAGGAGAGUCAGCCUACCUCUGCCACAGAAGACCUGGUCCGGCGCCACGCGGUUCCGCUGGAUCCAGAACUACUACGGUGAGCAGGAUGACUGGGCACUGGACGACAUCUACAUCGGUCAGCAGUGCCCUCAGAUGUGCAGAGGGCACGGUUGGUGUGACCAUGGCAACUGCAGGUGUGAUGAUGGGUUCUCUGGGCCAGACUGCCAGCCAUCGUCGCCCCUGUCCUCCAGCAUCCUUUCGGACUUUGAAUCCCAAGUUGCACUGCUCUCAUCAUGGCAGGAUGUGAUUGGUGGAGAGGUGGUGACCCCUGACCGGGGCUGUGGGGUCAUAUCAUCGGGGUCUUCGCUCUAUUUUAGCAAGGCUGGAGUGCGGCAGUUGGUGACCCAAGACCUGGACACGGAGUGGGCGGAGUUUGUCCAGUUCUACCUGCGUGUGGGCGGGGACUGGGCAGAGUGUAACCAUGCUGACAGCAGGGAGGAGGGCGUGCUGCUUCAGUACAGCAACGACGGGGGCAUCAGCUGGGGGCUCAUUGCUGAGAUGUACUUCACUGAUUUCACCAAGCCUCGGUUUGUACACUAUGAGCUCCCACUGGCCUCCAAGACUCCCUGCACCCGCUUCCGCUGGUGGCAGCCCCUGCACUCGGGGGAGGGCUAUGACCAGUGGGCCAUCGAUGAUGUCAUCAUCUUGUCGGAGAGGGAGAAACACAUCAUCCCCAUGGCCAACCCCACCCUGCCACUGAACGUCUACGAGAAGCCAGCUUUUGAUUACCCCCUGAACCAGAUGAGCCUGUGGUUGAUGCUGGGGAACGAGGGCAUGGACCGGGGCAGCAACGCCAGCUUCUGCUCCCCCACCCCCUCUGCCCUGGUCUUUGGCCGUUCCGACGGCGACAGAGUGGCGGUAACGCGGGACCUGGCCCUGCGUGCCGGACACACACUGCAGUUCAAGCUGAACAUCGGCUGCGAGUCUCAGUUCAGCUCGUCAGCUCCGGUGCUCCUGCAGUACUCCCAUGAUGCGGGUCGCAGCUGGGCGCUGGUGCGGGAGAGCUGCUUCCCGGCCUCGCCAGCAGGGGGCGGCUGUGAGGGCAGUGGCCGUGAGCUGCGGGAGCCCAGCAUCUACCACGCCGGGGAGUUUGAGCGCUGGACUCGGGUCACCGUGGUGAUACAGCGGGCCGUGGCCGCCAGUAAAACACGGUUCCGCUGGUUCCAGGAGAGCAGUGUGUACCGGGACGCUCCCUCCUUCGCCCUGGAUGGGGUGUACAUCUCAGAGCCGUGUCCCAACCAUUGUGGGGGCCAUGGUGACUGCAUCUCAGGGGUCUGCUUCUGCGACCUGGGCUACACAGAGGAGCAGGGCAGCUGCAUCCCCACGUCACCUGCCCCCCCCGAGCUGGCUGAGGCCUUCGAGGGAAAGCCCAGCGCCCUGUGGCAGAGCCUGGGGGGCGCCCAGCUGGGCAGCGGCUGUGGGACCAUUGCGGGAGGCAGGGCGCUAUAUUUCAGCGGAAACGCCAGGAGGGAGGCGCGCACGGUCGCCAUGGAUACCAGCCGCACCCGCCUGGUCCAGUUUUACAUCCGGAUCGGUGCAAAGAACCUUGGCCCCUCCUGCACUCGGCCUCGCUCGCGGAACGAAGGCAUCAUCGUCCAGUUCUCCACCAACAAUGGGGUACAGUGGCAGCUUCUCCGGGAGUUGGACAUCAGCUCCUUCCUGGAGCCCGAGGUGGUGACCAUCGAGCUGCCCCCUGCCGCGAAGACCCCCUACACCAUCUUCCGCUGGUGGCAGCCACAGCUGGCCAAGCCCUCGUCCCAGUGGGCGCUGGACGACAUUCUGGUCGGCAUGAAUGACUCCUCCCGGACGGGUUUCCGCGACUCGUUUGAUGGCUCCACACCACUGCGGCACAACUGGGCCCGGGUGCAGGGCGGGGGGGUGACGGCGGACUGCCAAACCCUGGACACGGUGCUCUCCUUCAGCUCUGAGACCAGCGACAAGAAGUCACGCUACGCCGAGACCUGGGACUUUGAGGUAUCCGGCUCCUCCUUCCUCCAGUUCGAUCUCAGCAUGGGCUGCAGCAAAGCCACUUCCGCUUCCUACACCGUGCGCCUAGAGUUCUCCACCGACGGGGGGCACUACUGGACUCCUGUCACCCCUGAGUGCGUGCCCCCCGCCAUCGGGUGCUCCAGCUACACGCAGGGCUCCACCUACGCAGCCCCCCAGUACACCCGCUGGAGGAGGGUCACCGUCUACCUACCGAGUGCGGCUGUCUCCCCCCGGACGCGGUUCCGCUGGAUCCAGAGCCACUUCACCCCCGGGGCGGACGCCUGGGCCCUGGACAAUGUGCUCCUGACCCCUGGGUGUCCCUGGAUGUGUUCCGGCCAUGGGCUGUGCGAUGACGGUCACUGCGUGUGUGACGAGGGUUAUGGGGGCACACACUGCGUCCCGCUGUCCCCCCUCCCGUCCGUGCUGCGGGAGGACUUCAACAAGAACCUACAGGCCACUCGUUGGCCCGAGGUCUACGGGGCUGAGCGGGGCACUCUGAGCGGGGAGCCGCUCAAAUCAGGAACUGCCCUCAUCUUUAAGGGGGAGGGCCUCCGCAUGCUGGUAUCCCAGGACCUGGACUGCACCAGUGCACUGUACAUCCAGUUCUCCUUCAAGUUCAUCACCAAGGGCGUCCCCGAGCGGUCCCACUCCGUGCUCCUGCAGUUCUCGGUGAACGGGGGCAUCAGCUGGCUGCUGUUGGACGAGUUCUACUUCCCCACGUCCACCGACACGCUAUUCCUGCACCUGUCCCUCCCCCACAGCGCCCAGACCAACGCCACGCGCUUCCGGCUGUGGCAGCCUUAUAAUAAUGGAAAGAAGGAGGAAGUUUGGGUGAUAGAUGACAUCAUCAUCGAUGGAAACUCCCUGCACAGCCCCCACCAUCUGACAGACAGCUUUGAAGGAGGACCUCAGGAGCAGAGCUGGCUUUUUUACCCUGGGGGAGAUACAGGGCCUUACUGCCCCAACCAAAAGGGGGCGAUGCAGGACGAUUUGGCCAUGGUGUUCCUGUCCGGCGAGCUAGGGGAGCACUCCAUUACCACCAGAGACAUAGACGUCAGCGAGAACACCGUGGUGCAGUUUGAGAUCAAUGUUGGCUGCACGGGGGACAGCUCCACCUUCAGUCCCGUGCGGCUGGAGUUCUCGCGAGAUUUCGGCUCCACCUGGCACCUGCUGGUGCCGCUGUGUCCCGGCGACGCCCAGCAUAGUUCUCUGUGCUCCACGGAGCUGCAUCCCGCCAGCAUCUACCACGCCGGCAGCUCCCCCAGCUGGAGGAGAGAGGUCAUCCACUUCAGCAAGCUCCGCCUCUGCGGAUCGGUGCGGUUCCGCUGGUACCAGGGCUUCUACGUAGGCGAUGCCCCUCCCUCCACCUGGGCCCUGGACAAUGUGUACAUUGGGCCGCAGUGCCAGGACACAUGCGGGAGGCACGGGCUGUGUGUGGAAGGCGUGCAUUGUGCCUGUGACCCUGGCUACUCUGGGGCAGACUGCUCCAAACCCAACACCCCCAACCCUGAUUUCCUCAAGGAGGACUUUGAAGGGGGCGCUGUGGACAUGGAGCAGUUCCAGUUAGUCAGCGGGGGGAAGCCCUCCAGGAAGUGUGGCAUCAUGAGCAGCGGGAACCACCUGUUCUUCAGCGAGGACGGCUUGCGCAUGCUGGUCACCGUGGACCUGGAUCUGUCCAACGCCAGGUUCGUGCAGUUCUUUCUGCGCCUGGGCUGCGGUAAAGCCCCCCCAGACCCGCGCUCGCGUCCUGUGCUGCUGCAGUUCUCCACAGACGGGAGCCUCUCCUGGGAGCUGCUACAGGAGUUCCACUUCAGCAACAGCAGCAACCAGGGCCGCCUGGUGGCGCUAGAGCUGCCGCUGCGUGCGCGAGGCCCCGCAACACGCCUGCGCUGGUGGCAGCCCUCCGAGACAGGCCACUUCCCCAGCCCCUGGGUCAUUGACCAGGUGGUGGUAGGUGGCAGUGCCAGUGGCUGGGGGCCCCUGGAGGACGACUUCUCCUCCAAGGAUGACCGAUCCUGGCUGCUGCACCCCGGGGGCACCCGCAUGCCCGUGUGUGGCUCCGACGGGGAGGCCUUCGCCUUCAUCGAGAAGUCCAACACGCGCUAUGCCGUCACCACCGACAUCAGCGUGGGCCAGGACACCUUCGUGCAGUUUGACUUCUCUGCCUCCUGCUCCGUCACCAGCUCCUGCUACGCCGUCCAGCUGGACUACUCACUGGACCUGGGCCUCUCGUGGCAGCCGCUGGUGAGGGACUGCCUUCCCAGCAGCCCUGACUGCCCUGUCUACACGCUGCAAAGGAUGCUGGUCUCCGACGUCUACAACAAGUGGGGCCGGGUCACCCUGCCCGUCCCCCCCCAUGCCAGGUCCGCGGCGACCCGGUUCCGCUGGUACCAGCAAGCACCCUUUGACAAGCAGCAGACGUGGGCUCUGGACAACCUGUACAUCGGGGACGGCUGCCUGGACAUGUGCUCUGGACAUGGGCGCUGUCAGAAGGGGGCAUGCAUCUGUGACCCCGAGUGGGGGGGCGAAUACUGUGACGAACGCCUGGCCCCCCUGCCUUCUCAGCUCAAGGACAGCUUUAGCCGGGCCCCAGGCCCCAGCAGCUGGCUCCUGGUGGUGGGCGGAAAGCUGAGUAGCGUGUGUGGGAUUGUGGCCUCAGGGGCGGCGCUACACUUCGGUGGGGGCUGCAGUCGGCAGCUGGUCACUGUGGACCUGAACCUCACCAGUGCCGAGUUCAUCCAGUUCUACUUCAUGUACGGCUGUGUGGCCCUCCCUAGCAACCGUGACCAGGACGUGCUCUUGGAGUUCAGCCUCAAUGGGGGAAUCAGCUGGCACCUGCUCACCGAGAUCUCCUACGACCAGUACACCAAGCCAGGGUUUGUGAAUGUGCUGCUGCCCCCUGCUGCGCGGGCGGUGGGAGUGCGCGUGCGCUGGUGGCAGCCGCGGCAUGAGGGUGUCGACCGCAGCGACUGGGCCCUGGAUAAUGUGCUCAUCGGCGGCGCUGAACCCCACGCUCAGAUCCUGGACACCUUCGGGGGGGCGGCCCUACCCAACCACGAGAGGGCCCCCGCCGACAGUGCGCCGGUGGGCCGGAUCGCACACCUUGCCGUACCCGAGGAGGGCACCACAGUGAAAGACCACUGGCUAUUUUCUGAGGACUGCUCGGUGCAGCAUUUCUGCGGCUCCUCUGAGAGUGUGAUGGUGUGCGGUAACGAGGAUGGGCGCGAGGUGUACGCCGUUACGCACGACAUCAUUCCCGGUCGUGGCUGGGUCGUGCAGUUCAAGGUGGCCGUGAGCUGCAGUACUUCACAGCGUCUCACGGAGAGGCAGGUGCAUGUCCAGUACUCAGUGGACUUCGGCGUGUCCUGGAAGUAUUUGCUGUCCCAGUGCUUGCCGGCUGACCCCCUGUGUGGUGGUCAAGUGACCCAGCCCUCCGUCUUUUUCCCGGCCGAGGGGUGGAAGCGUGCUGUGUACCCGCUCCCCGACAGUCUGGCCAACACGGCCGUUCGGUUCCGGUUCUACCAGCGGCACUCAGACACCCAGUGGGCGCUGGAGAACUUCUACAUUGGCCCGGAAUGCGAGGACCACUGUGGGGGCCAUGGUGACUGUCUGAACCGACGCUGCCUGUGCGAUCAUGGCUUCUCUGGACCCAACUGCCACUCCGGCUCGUCGCUCAGGACCUCUCUGAAGGAGCGCUUCGAAUGGGUCGACACUCCGGGGCAUCAGUGGCAGAUUGUGGAAGGAGGUCGACCCUGCACUGACUGUGGGGUGCUGGUGGAAGGGAUGGCGUUGUAUUUCGGGGGGGGCAACACUCGGCAAGCCAUCACUGUGGACCUCGACCUCCGAGGGGCCAAGUUUGUAGAGUACUGGGCAAGGAUUGGCAGCCAGAACAACAUGAGCCUGUGCCACCGGGCAACAUGCCGCUCUGAGGGGGUGCUGCUGGAUUUCUCCACGGAUGGAGGGGUGUCCUGGACCCUUUUGCACGAGAUGGAUUACCUGAAGUAUGUGUCGGGUCGCAGGGACUACAUCACGCUGCCUGAGGAGGCUCUGUCCAAUGCCACUCGCCUACGCUGGUGGCAGCCAUAUGUCAUCUCCUCUGGUCUGGCCACGCCCAGUGUGGAGCGUGCUCAAUGGGCCCUGGACAACGUCCAGGUGGGCGGCUCGGACAUCAACCCGAGCACCCUGCUGGAUACGUUUGAUGACGAGGGUGUGUCUCACGAAGACAGCUGGAGCUUCUACCCCAACGGGGUGCGCACAGCCGGCUUCUGCGGGAACCCAUCGUUUCACCUAUACUGGCCCAACAAGAACCAAGAUGGGACGCACAACGUGCUGGUCACGCGCGAGCUCAUAGUCCAGCCUGGGUACAUCCUGCAGUUCAAGAUCGUGGUGGGCUGUGAAGCUGACGGCUGUGAGGACCAGCAUGCCGUGCGGCUGGAGUACAGGAAGGACGCCAGGUCGGACUCGUGGCAGUUGGUUCAGUCCGAGUGCCUCCCCUCCUCUAUCAACAACUUGGGCUGCUCCCCUUUCCAGUUCCACGAGUCCACCAUAUACAGUCCCGUCAACAGCUCGGUCUGGACCAGGGUCACUGUCCAGCUGCCGGACUACGUCUCUUCUGGUGCAACGCAAUUUCGCUGGAUCCAGCAGGGGGGUGCUGGUGAACAUCAUGGCUGGGGCGUGGACCGCGUCUACAUCGGGGAGGCGUGUCCCGGGCUCUGCAGCGGCCAUGGCUACUGUACCAGCGGCGCCAUCUGCAUCUGUGAUGAGGGCUACCAAGGCGAGGAUUGCUCCCUGACCACCAUCGAUCUGCCCAGCUCAAUCAAGGACAACUUUGAGUCUGGGGGCACGUCGGGAGAGCACUGGAAGCUGAUCCAGGGAGGGGUCGUGGGUAGUGGCUGUGGCCAGCUCUCACCUCACGCCCACGGGGACUCGCUCUACUUCAGUGGCUGCAGGAUGAGGCAGGCUGUCACCAAGCCUCUGGACCUGACUAGAGCGAGCAAGAUCAUGUUCGUGCUCCAGAUUGGUGCCACGGCCCAGACAGACAGCUGCAAUGUGGCCCUGGAGCAGGCCGACGUGGUGGACCGUGCCGUCCUUCUGCAGUACAGCGUCAACCAUGGAGUCAGUUGGCAUGUCAUCGCCCAUCACCAACCCAAGGACUUUAUUCGGGCCCAGAGGGUGUCCUACAACAUUCCGCUGGAGGCACGGGUAAAGGGGGUGGAGCUACGAUGGUGGCAACCACGGCACGGCGGCACCGGUCGUGACCAGUGGGCUCUGGACCACGUUGAAGUUGUCCUCACCCGCAAACAAAACUACAUGAUCAACUUUUCCAGACAGACUGGUCUGCGGCACUACUACAGCAGGAGGAGGCGGUCACUGUGGCAACGCAUCUAAACACAGCGCAUGCUUCAUCCCGGGGCCUGCCAAUCACACAUGAGCCCUCAUCCCACCGGCGGAUUCCAGUCAGCCUCAGACCAUCCCACUCCUUUCUGACAGACUCAGUGGUCGUCCACUAAGAAGUCUGGGAAAUCUGAGCUGCAGCCAAUCAAGGCCAUCCUGGGGAAGGUUACAAUGGGAAGGGUAGUGCAACAGAGCAGGCAAAUGGUUUAUUUUUCAUGGACUUUCAUGGUUUUAUCAUAAUUGUUGUUCUUGCUAUUCUUCCUCUCCUAACUGCGAUACUCCCCUGGCCUCCCCCCCCCCCUUAAAUCCUCCUCUACCACACUGUGAAGAUAAAAGAAAUCACUGAAAAUGAGAGCGCUGAUACCGGUAAGCUGGGUGGCGCCAGCCAGUCGGGAGCAGCGAGGAAGACGAGGACGAUGAGGCCUGAGUUCUUGCUGUUUUUAUGUGUCUGUGGACUCUUAUUGUGAACUCUUGACUGUGGCGUCCGGUUCAUUUGCUUGUCGAUCUCCCUGUUUUUCUUUCUUGUUGAUCUGAACUGCUUGGUUGUCACAGGAAGCAUGAUCUUUGCGGCAAAAGGGAAAGAAGGCUGAAUCCAGAAAAAAGAAAAAUACAAAAAAAAAGAAAAAAAUGAAAUGAUUUUAUUCCUUCUAAUUUUUAUAUGUCGGCUCCCAAAAUGCAGAUAUUUAUGGCAUUUUCCCCACGUACCCUAUUUAAAAUGCACUGUUUGUGAAAUAUUCGUGUUUUUUUUGUAGUGUUAAGUUAUUGGCGGUGGAGAUAGUCUAACUGCAUUGCCUGCCCCGCCCACCCCAAAGUCUGUUCUCUCAUGCUGAAAUCCCCCCCCCCCCCAGUCUCAUUUUAAUUUGCAUUCCUGGAGGCGGGGUUUCUGUGUAAGUGUGGUUUUUUUUGCACUCUGUGUGUUAUGGAUACCUGCGCUCCAGUGUAAGUUCAGUAUAGCAGUUUCCUGUACAGGUAUGUAUACCCCCCCCCCCCCACCCCCCGGGGAACAGCUGGCAGCCUUAUAAAGGGGAAAUAAAGAGCUGUCCAAACCUCAGCCGUGUGCCGUGUGUGUGUGUGUGUGUGUGUGUGUGUGUGUAUGUGCAAGGGCCUUUUUGCUAAGCAGGAAUAGCAUGUACCAGGCUAAGUAUGAAUAUAGUAGGAAGUCACUUCAGCAUGGAAACCUUUACGCAAUAACAUCUCUGUCCAUUAAAGCCCCAACUGCUUGUCGGUUUCCCCCUCAGAGUAAUGAAGUUUAUCUAACUUAAUAUAGUACAGGGUUGCACAAAAUGACACGCUAUGCCAAUUCACUAUGGGCCAAAUACUCUACUGGAAAUCUGAAGACAGUCUCACUGCACGACACGACGACAGUGAGUCCGUUAUUAACCAAUGUAACCAGUGUAACCAGUGAGUCCGUUAUUAUAAUAUCAUACUUUGCACCGAAUAACUGGUUUCACUGUAUUAUAAACUUAUCUUUCAAAGUGUUGAAGGUGAAGUAUAGGUUGUACAUGCACUUAUUUCUCGCGUUAAUAGCUGUGAGACGCUGCAGCAUGACGCAUGGAAUGUAGCAGUCCCCACGAUGAAAAUGGGCACCUUUUCAGUCAGAAAAUCCUGCCUUGAUCCUCGGCCCAAUAAAACAUACUUGCAGCUAAUGAAACAAAUGUAUUUUGGCAGUCCUGACCGUGAUUUGUGUGGAUGGGUAAGCUGCUUACUGAACUGGGAGCAGGAACCGGCUGUCUCGGUAAAAUUACCUCACACUUCAGUCCAGAGUUAAAGAGAAAGCCAAUAAUAGCCAAAGUAGAGGCACCAGGACUUACUAAGUACAACAAGGCGGUGAACGCGUAACUGCAUAUACUCUAAAAGUGGCCAAGAUCUCAGAUGGCAACUUUCAGAACCUCUUAUGAGCUCAGACAUGACUCACAUUAGACCCACAGCACUGACAGGUUUGGAAAGUGCCCCUUAUUUAUUUCUGCAAUAGAAUGGAACAUCUCUUCAAAUGGGCUCUUUGGCAAAGGGAUCUCGCGUCCUGCAUUCCCAUGGAGCAUUCAAAACUAUAGAGAAUCUGUAAUAGUUAAACAACUUGACCUCCCCCACUGUUACUUGUGUGUGUGCCUUUCUGCAAAAAUAAAUAAAAUGAAAUAA